GAGUCUGGAUUGGGGAAAUCCACGCUCAUCAACUCCCUCUUCCUGACUGACCUGUACUCCAAGGAUUACCCAGGGCCAUCCCUACGGAUCAAGAAGACUGUGCAGGUAGCCAACAUCCCCCUCUCCUUGACCUCUCACCCCUGACCUGACCUACCUCUCAUCCAUGUUUGUCUCUCUUCAUGGUUGGGACUACUCCCAAAUCCCCUCCAUUAUCUCUCUAGCUGGUUACAACUCCCCCCUGGCCUCAACCCUCCCCCUCCACCUAUCUAACCAUCCCCCAUCUCCACCACAAUCCACAUGUGGAAGUUCAACACAAGCAAAGGCCAGAGAGCACGCAGCAAUCAGGCCUAAGCAAACAAACCAAAUUGCCACUGGAUGGUCACAGUGGUCAGGCCAGAGGCAACGCACCCAGAGAACCAGCAGCCUUAUAUGGCCUUGAUAAACAGGAGAUGGACAGAUGAAGAGGCUGCAUCUGGAGGACCAGGGGGAGGGGAGGUAGGGAUGUAGGCUAGUUAAGGGUGUUUGGGGAGGUUUGUGUGGCCUCUGUUUAGAAUGGGGACAAGGAGGGGGAGGAGAAGGGGAGAAGUUGGACUCAGGCGUGCUGGUUCCUCUUGGAACCUGAAGGGGUCAGUAAGAGGUUAGGAAUGUUCCCAUGAAACUCAACACCCAGUGGUGACUUUCCCACCAAACACAAGACUGCCAUCUCUGAGGCAUCCUGUAAUAACCUCCUGUCUUUAUGACGCAUAUGCAAAGGCACACACACUAAGACACACUCACUCACACACACAGGGGUGGUGCUUGAUAUUUGGGUUCAUACUGAGAGCACUGAUGUGUUGGAGUUAGUAACCAUGGCAGGCACGUGCACAGACAGGGGUUUAACUGUUCAGAACACCUGCCCCUUUGCCCUCCCACUUGCCAAGUGCCCUUUGUGGGUGGUGACUUUUUAUUUAUUUUGUUGUUGUUCUGAACCCAUUGCCCGCAAGUCGUCGUGACGUCGUCAACUUCGCCACUACCCACCCUGUCCGUUGGUUGGUUGCACCUGUUGGUCUGCCCUGUACGGAGCUCGCACGCGCCCGGUAUCCAAACAUGCGUGGCUUGAGAUGCGGUCAUCGGUCGUGUGUGUGUAGUUAGCUACCUAGUUUAAAUAUCAAUAGUACUGCCACAGCAGCUGCAGCAUAUCACUUGAUAACACUUGAUCAUCAAUAUUGGGUCUGGCUGGCUGAUAGCCGCAGCAGAGAGGCAGAAGACAGAGAGAGGAGCGGCUGCAUCUACGACCCUCCGACUCAACUCCAUCCCUUCUUCAGUCGGGAGUUGCAGCAGUCUAGACUCUAGCUAACCACCAUAUGCUAAAAUGUUCACACAAGCCACUAGCCAGCCAGCCAUAUAUCAUGAGUUAGAAGAUUAUUAAUAACAUAUUAUGAAGUUAUUAUUUAAGAGCAUUGAAAAUAAAUCACAUUCAGUAAAAAAAAAUGUUUUGCUAGCUAACUAGCAGAUUUACAUAAACAUCAAUGAUCAGCUGAAAGACCACUCUCUAUUACCAAUGUCAGUCAUGUCUUUAGGGGGCACUGUAACUAGCUUGCUUACAAUUUGAGAUGAGUGAGUGUGUUGUUGCCCUUUUUUCAUUUUGAGCCUCUCCCCCCUGAAUGGUCUGUGCACGGCCCUGAGCCAUGCAUGGUAAGUCACAAUCUCCUAAAUUAGAAUCACAGUCAUAUAAAGCUGCUCCAAAAAAUGUGCUUGUUCGUGAGCAAAUGUUUGACUUCACUUUUGAAUGUAGACAGAAGUACGCUGUUUUGCACAUUUGUUGAGGCCUGAGAUUCCUGGUUGUGUCUCAGGGGUCCCUGUGGUUCCUGCUGAUGUGUUUGAUUCUCCAUUGAAGAGUGUGUGCAAUGUUUAGGAAUGGAGCUGUUUGGGUCAGCCAAAGCCACUGUGUAAAUGUGGAGGGGUAAACUUGGGGCCAGUGAGCUGUGUGCGGCUGUGUGCGGCUGUCUGCUGCGGCCGCCGUGGGCUGAGGGGUAGAGACAGGGGAAGAGUAUUUAUAUUCCAGAACAAUCUCUUAUGUUUGUCAAAUGGUCACAUUCUGUCUACUCAGAUUUCACUGAACUGAUGGGUGCAUAUUUUUGGGGUUUUCUUCCUUUGUUUUUCAUUCACUGAAAUUGAUUUAAAAGCAGAUAUGCAGACACACACACAUACAAUCACAAACACUUACAAAAGUGUUUUGAGUGCUUGAUAUAUGCCCAGCUAGAAAAAAAAUCUGUAUCUAAACUAAAGAGUUCUGCAAAGGCAAAGAAUGUGUUUUUGAGUGUUUAGAGAGACUGAAAGGGGUCAACCCAAAAUAACUACCCUUGUGAAAUGAAAGUAUGCAGCCAAACAGAGAGCAGCUGAGACUAACAGCAGUAGGAAGAGAGUUUAGUCUCCUAAACUGUAAAAAGAAAUCAACCAACACCAUAUCACUGUGUCCCAGCUGCCAUUCUGACACAGGACCACCCCCCUGGGGACUAACAUGAUAAAGCUAUUGAUGAACUAUAGUGUGUGGGGGAACUGAGGGAUAAAAUGGGAGCUAUGGUGUGCGGUUUUAGAGCAACUGUGUUGCUGUUUUACAGGUGGAGCAGUCCAAGGUUCUGGUGAAGGAAGGGGGUGUCCAGCUCACUCUCACCAUCGUUGAUACACCAGGGUUUGGAGAUGCAGUGGAUAAUAGUAACUGGUGAGUAAUAGUGAGUAUUGGGAGUGAUUGUGAGCAUGUAUGAAUGGCGUAGUUUGUAUGUUGUGUAGGAGUGUGAAUAUGUGCGAUAUGCUCUCUGCCUCAAUGAGAGUCUACAUGUAGAGUAAACAACAUUUUCCUAUUUUCUCUCUCUUUCUGUCGUUAAUCAUCAUCCCCCUCUCAGCUGGCAGCCUGUCAUUAACUACAUUGACAGUAAGUGUGAGGACUUCCUGAAUGCAGAGUCCAGGGUGAACCGAAGACUGAUGCCAGACAACAGGGUUCACUGCUGCCUGUACUUCAUUACCCCCUCUGGCCACGGGUGAGUACUGACACUGACAGGCCUUGUAGGGACAGACCCUUUGUCAUGGACCAGUAUUACAAUGAUGCCGUAUAACGUACAGUAUGUAUGAUGCCUAUGCUACCCACCUGAUCCACUUCCCUUGUCUCAUAAAGAUACUUGUUUGAGCUGAAGCACAUUUGUUGUACAGUAUGUGUACUGGAUCACAUGGAUAAUAGAAAUGAUAGAUUUAAAAACAUUCCUUCUACAUAAUAUAUGCCAUUUAGCAGACACUUUUAUCCAAAGCAACUUACAGUCAUGCGUGCAUACAUUUUACGUAUGGGUGGUCCCGGGAAUAGAUCCCACUAUCCCGGCAUUGCAAGCGCCAAAGCCAUGCUCUACCAACUGAGCUACAGAGGACCACUUCUCUGUGCUGCUACUCAUUCAAGGGUUUUUCUACAUUGUAGAAUAAUAGUGAAGAUAUCAAAACUAUGAAAUAGCACAUAUGGAAUCAUGUAGUAACCAAAAAAGUGUUAAACAAAUCAAAAUAUAUGUUAUAUUUGAGAUUCUUGAUAUAGCCACCCUUGGCCUUGAUGACAGCUUUGCACACUCUUGGCAUUCUCUCAACCAGCUUCACCUGGAAUGCUUUUCCAACAGUCUUGAAGGAGUUCCCACAUAUGCUUAGCACUUGUUGGCUGCUUUUCCUUCACUCUGCGGUCCGACUCAUCCCAAACCAUCUCAAUUUGGUUGAGGUCGGGUUAUUGUGGAGGCCAGGUAAUCUGAUGCAGCACUCCAUCACUCUCCUUCUUGGUCAAAUAGUCCUUACACAGCCUGGAGUUGUGUUGGGUCAUUGUCCUGUUGAAAAACAAAUGAUAGUCCCUCUAAGCCCAAACAAGAUGGGAUGGCUUAUCGCUGCAGAAUGCUGUGGUAGCCAUGCUGGUUAAGUGUGCCUUGAAUUCUAAAUAAAUCACAGACAGUGUCACCAGCAAAGCACCCCCACACCAUAACACCUCCUCCUGUCUCACAAAGACACGGCAGUUGGAACCAAAAAUCUCAAAUUUGGACUCCAGACCAAAGGACACAUUUCCACCGGUCUAAUGUCCAUUGCUUGUGUUUCUUGGCCCAAGCAAGUCUCUUCUUAUUAUUGGUGUCCUUUAGUAGUGGUUUCUUUUCAGUAAUUCGACCAUGAAGGCCUGAUUCAUGCAGUCUCCUCUGAGCAGUUGAUGUUGAGAUGUGUCUGUUACUUGAACUCUGUGAAGCAUAUAUUUGGGCUGCAAUUUCUGAGGCUGGUAACUCUAAUGAAUUUAUCCUCUGCAGCAGAGGUAACUCUGGGCCUUCCAUUCCUGUGGCGGUCCUCAUGAGAGCCAGUUUCAUCAUAGCGCCUGAUGGUUUUUGCGACUGCACUUGAAGAAACUUUCAAAGUUCUUGAAAUGUUCUGUAUCGACUGACCUUCAUGUCUUAAAGUAAUGGGGGCUGUAGUUUCUCUUUGCUUAUUUGAGCUGUUCUUGCCAUAAUGUGGACUUGGUCUUUUACCAAAUACGGCUAUAUUCUGUAUAUCCCCCCCUACUGUCACGCCCUGGCUCUGGGGACUCUUAUAUGGUGAGCCAGGGUGUGGAUUGUCUAUGUUGAAUUUUCUUUGUCAGGUUCUAGAUCAUAUAUUUCUAUGUUGGCCGGGGUGGUUCCCAAUCAGAGGCAGCUGUGGCUUGUUGUCUCUGAUUGGUAACCAUACUUAGGCAGCCUGUUUUGCACUUGUUAUUUGUGGGAUCUUGUUCCGGAGAGGUUUGUGUUUUGUUAACCUUAGGACUUCACGUAUCGUUUUGUUGUUUUUGUGAUUGUUAUAAAGUACUCAUUAAAAGAUGUACGCCUAUCACGCUGCGCCUUGGUCUGCUUCCUAUGACGAUCGUGACAGAAGAUCCCACCAAAUAAGGACCAAGCAGCGUGUCCAGGAGCAAACGCCGGAGGUAACGCUAGUGGAUGUCCUCCUCGGUUGGGGGAAGAUCACCGAGGAGGAGGCCGUCCGCUACCGGAGGGCGAUGAGGGAGGAUGCCCAGGCAGGAGAGGAGAAGCGGCGCCAACCGGGCUGUCGUCGGACAGGCGAGAGGCAACCCCAAUAACUAUUUUGUGGGGGGCACACGGCAUGGACGACAGGGCUGCUGGAGGCAGCUACAGGGCGAGUUUGUGGACUAGGAGAGGAGGCCACCAGGUUACGGGGGCCAUUGGUCAUGAGGGGGAAGGAGAGUGUAGAGGCACGGCGAGAGGUACUGGGGUGUGUUACCAGUCCGGUCCGGCCCGUUCCUGAUCCCCGCACAAGGCCAGUGGUGUGUGUUCCCAGUACGGUCCGGCCUGUUCCUGUCCCUCGCACCAAGCCUGUGAUGCGCGUCGCCAGCCCGGCCCGGCCUGUUCCUGCCCCUCGCACCAAGCCUGUGGUGCGCGUCGCCAGCCCGGCCUGUUCCUGCCCCUCGCACCAAGACUGUGGUGCGCGUCGCCAGCCCGGCCCGGCCUGUUCCUACCCCUCGCACCAAGCCAGUGGUGCGCGUCGUCAGCCCGGUCCGGCCCGAUCCUGCUCCCCGCACCAAGCCAGUGGUGCGCGUCGUCAGCCCGGUCCGGCCCGUUCCUGCGCCCCGCACCAAGCCAGUGGUGCGCCUCGUCAGCCCGGUCCGGCCCGUUCCUGCUCCCCGCACCAAGCCAGUGGUGCGCGUCGCCAGCCCGGUCCGGCCCGUUCCUGCUCCCCGCACCAAGCCAGUGGUGCGCGUCGUCAGCCCGGUCCGGCCCGUUCCUGCUCCCCGCACCAAGCCAGUGGUGCGUGUCGUCAGCCCGGCCCGGCCCGUUCCUGCUCCCCGCACCAAGCCAGUGGUGCGCGUCGCCAGCCCGGUCCGGCCCGUUCCUGCUCCCCGCACCAAGCCAGUGGUGCGCGUCGUCAGUCCGGCACAGCCCGUGCCUGUUCCACCGGUGCCUGGUCAGGUACCGGUCAGCUGCUCCACAUCGGAGCCUGAGCAAUCCGCUCCACCGGUGUCCAGUCCAGCUCCGGCCAGCGGGACCAGACCAGGGGCGCUACGGGGAGGGUAGCGAGAGAGUGGUGGUCACGCCUGGAGCCGGAUCCACCUCCGAGGCGGAAUGCCCACCCGGCCCCUCCCCUGUUGGGUUUAGUUGGCGCGGUCGCAGUCCGCGCCUUUGGGGGGGGGGUACUGUCACGCCCUGGCUCUGGGGACUCUUAUAUGUUGAGCCAGGGUGUGGAUUGUCUAUGUUGAAUUUUCUUUGUCAGGUUCUAGAUCAUGUAUUUCUAUGUUGGCCGGGGUGGUUCCCAAUCAGAGGCAGCUGUGGCUUGUUGUCUCUGAUUGGGAACCAUACUUAGGCAGCCUGUUUUGCACUUGUUAUUUGUGGGAUCUUGUUCCGGAGAGGUUUGUGUUUUGUUAACCUUAGGACUUCACGUAUCGUUUUUGUGAUUGUUAUAAAGUACUCAUUAAAAGAUGUACGCAUAUCACGCUGCGCCUUGGUCUGCUUCCUAUGACGAUCGUGACACCUACCUUGUCACAACACAACUGAUUGGCUCAAACGCAUUAAGAAGGAAAGAAAUUCCACAAAUUAACUUUUAAGAAGGCACACCUGUUAAUUGAAAUGCAUUCCAGGUGACUACCUCAUGAAGCUGGUUGAGAGAAUGCCAAGAAUGUGCAAAGCUGUCAUCAAGGUAAAGGGUGGCUAUUUGAAGAAUCUAAAAUAUCAAAUAUAUUUUGAUUUGUUUAACACUUUUUUGGUUACUUUAUGAUUCCAUAUGUGUUAUUUCAUAGUUUUGAUGUCUUCACUAUUAUUCUACAAUGUAGAAAAUAGUAAAAAUAAAGAGAAACCCUGGAAUGAGUAGGUGUUCUAAAACUUUUGACCAGUAGUGUAUAUGCUUUUGAUCGUGUGCCUUUGCCUUUAUCUAUGCAUCUCUGCCUGCCUAUGUAUGUGAGGCUGAACGUGAACAUGAGUGUAUGAGUAGAUUGGAGUGUAGGCGUAUGCGUGAGUUCACAUAUGUGAGUGGGAAGCGAGAGAGAGAGAUGUAGGCUGCCAACGUUGUGACCCACAAGAUUGCAUAACACCACUAGACUGAGCGUGCUCUGUGGAGGAUGUGAUGGGAGCGCUCUCACCAUCACUGAGCCAGCCAAUCAGGAGGCAGCAGCUCACUGAGGAGCCCCUGAGCUCAGAAUCCCUGGGAAUGGGAUGCUUUAGUUUCAGCCUAGAAAAACGCCUCAAUAGAUAGCCCCAAUAGCAACUCAGAUAGGCCCACAAUUUGUAUCAUAGCACACCCUAUCCAACUUCAUACUUCUUAACAAACCAUGGUUGCUGUAAUGGUUGCUGUAAUUAUAUGCAGCCAUAAGGAGUAGGGACACAUUGUUGUGACAUUAUAUAAGAUCCUGAAAUUCUAAGAGAAAAUGUCAGUUGUUAGACCCACACAGGGUGAUGUAUUAAGAGAUCAGAGAUCAUGUCAGCCCUUGCCUCUGACCCCCUGCCCCUGAUAAUGUGGAGACAAAUUCAGAACAUGACCUUUCACCUCUGUCAGGUCUGUCUCUGUCUCUCUGCCCAUACUUCAUAAGCCUCCUCUACUCCUUACUCCAGCUGGUCUGUUGCUCUGUAUCUCUACAGUCAUGGAAUACACAGCACCCCCCCACCUACCCUUACUGCUCUGCCCCCUCCAGCCCUCCCCUCCUCUCCGGUCCCUGGACAGAACUCGCUCUCUCAGGCCACAGAGAAGAAUAGCCUCUUUGUCCAGCUACUCACUCACCAGCCAGAGUGAGAACAUCACAGAGUGAAUAACAAAGAGAAUCCCUCAUGAGCCCACCAUGACAUAAUUAUUAGUGGUCGCUGACUGUAAAAAACAAAAGACAGAAAAAUAAAUAAGUCAGUGACUGUUUCUUUGAUUCCUUUGUUCCCCCACUGUGUUUUCUUGCCAUGACCCUCUACUGCGUCAGUUUGAGCAUAACGUGUACUAAUAGCAUUCGCGUAAUGUCGGAAACUCUGAAAUUUCCGACUUGCUAACCUAGGCGGAAGAGUCGGAUCCUGAGUUUCCCAAUUGGGAGGUAUCAGAAUCAACCAAUAGGAAGCUCUACGCAAAUAACUUGCAUUCAUUUUAACUCGGAGGUCCCGAGUUUCCGACAUGGCGUGAAUGCCGCAUAACUACAGAGAAUUAUUCAGGACUAUGUCACAUCAAAGCAUAGAUCAGCCUUCCCUGCAUGCCUGUGUUUGUCUGACUGGAUGACUCUGUAACUGUAUGAUUGUGCAACAACAGAGCCUCAGAACAGAUUUUUUAACUGUGUGAAUGCCCCUUUAGGCUGAAGCCCCUGGACAUUGAGUUUAUGAAGCGUCUCCAUGACAAGGUCAACGUGAUCCCUCUCAUCGCCAAGGCAGACACCCUGACACCUGAGGAAUGUCAGCUGUUCAAGAAACAGGUGUGGUUGUGGAUGUGUGUGUAGGAAGUAUUUGUGUUAUCACAAUAAUAUUGUGUGUACCGGUGUGUGGCAAUAACUCACUUCAUUUUUACCUUCAACUCAUCCUCAGAUAAUGAAGGAAAUCCAAGAACACAAGAUCAAGAUCUACGAGUUUCCUGACACAGCGGACGAUGAGGACAGCAAGCUCAUCCGUAAGAUCAAGGUAGUGUACAAAGAGAGUGCGGGAGACAGAUACAGUCAAUUCAGUCCACACUAGUCCCUAUCUGCCCUUGUUUAUCCCUGUCAGUUUGGUUAUCUAAUAGUUUGUCGAUACUGUACAGGCUCACUGAUUAACUGUCACUGGUCCCUCUGUCCCUGUGUGGCAGGAGCAGAUGCCUCUGGCGGUGGUUGGCAGCAACGUGGUGAUCGAAGUGAACGGCAAGAAAGUCAGAGGUCGUCAGUACCCCUGGGGCGUGGCAGAAGGUAGGUUCAGCAUGGGCCGGGCUGGGUUCUCUGUUCUCUGGCUGAGAUGAGAUGAGAUGAGACAGUGGCAUUAUGUUUUCUGUGGGUUGUUGAGGGUUGCACUGAAGAAUGCUCUUUAUUAACGUCAUUCACUGUGCCAUGCUUGUGGAUGGAGCACAGGAGUGUGGAGAUCCAGUGUAGGGAAGCUGCAUGGUCUUCCAGGACACCCUCCUCCCCCCCCAGAUAGUGUGUCUGACAGGGAUUCUGGAAAAGGGGGACAGAGAUCUAAUAGGGUAUCAUGGUCCGUCCGACAGUAAACACUGUACUGUACUGUACCACCCACUGACAUCAGAGAGAAAGACUGUCACCCUGUUUUUUCAUCAUUGGCCACAAUGGAUCAUUGUUGUUGUUGUUCUCCACUUGAUUUUCUUUUGUUUAAGUCCCCUGAAAGACUAUUCUUUCAUUUUCAAGUGUUGCUCUGUGGUUGACCGUUUAUCAGUCUUUCACUUUUUCAUUCUUUCUUUUCUCUUUUUUCUUUCUGUCUAUUCUUUUCCAUGACUGACAGAGGGCAUUUUUGGUAAACAAAACCAUCUCUCACUUUUUCUACUACUCUCCCUCAGGCCUUCCUCCCCUCUUCGCCUUUAUGUUGCUGUCAUUAGGUUGAUGGUCAAAGUGGAGCUCUUACUAGUCAUGGAGAAAACUAAAGGCUGUUCAGUGCUGACGCUACUCCUAGAAUAAAGCAACAUCACCCUCAACUCAUGUUUAUAGGUGCCCAAUUAUCUUAAUAUUAAAAGUAAAAACUUUUCCAAAACUGCAUGAUCCACCUUUAUCUGUUUUAGUCAUCAUUUGGCCACUCAUGAACACUCAUACAAUUAUAGACAUGUUAAGAGAUAAAGGCGCAUUUGCACAAACUUGCUGUAUACAUAUUUUGCAUGCAUACAAACAUUCACUUACGUAUAUAGCUGCACACUCUUGCUCUAAAUCCUUGCACAGUGAUUCUGUUUGCUGGCACUCCCUCCCUGUAGUUGCACUCUGUGUCCACAGGGGGUCAAUCACACUACUAUACUGAACAAAAAUAUAAACUCAACAUGCAACAAUAUCAAAGAUUUUACUGAGUUACAGUUCAUAGAAGGAAAUCAGUCAAUUGAAAUAAAUAAAUUAGGCCUUAAUCUAUGGAUUUCACGACUGGGCAGGGGCGCAGCCAUGGGUGGGCCUGGCUCCCAAGUGGGUGGGCCAGGCUCAGCCAAUCAGAAUGAGUUUUUUCCCCACAAAAGUGCUUUAUUACAGACAGAAAUACUCCUCAGCACCCCCCUCCCCCUCCUCAGACGAUCCCGCAGGUGAAGAAGCCGAAUGUGAAGGUCCUCUGCUGUCGUGGUUACACGUGGUCUGCGGUUGUGAGGCUGGUUGGAUGUACUGCCAAAUUCUCUAAAACGACGUUGGAGGUGGCUUAUGGUAGCGAAAUUAACAUUAAAUUCUCUGGCAACAGCUCUGGUGGACAUUCCUGCAGUCAGCAUGCCAAUUGCACACUCCCUGAUAACUUGAGACAUCUGUGGCAUUGUGUUGUGUGAGAAAACGGCACAUUUUAUAGUGGCCUUUUAUUGUCCACAGUACAAGGUGCACCUAUGUAAUAAUCACGCUGUUUAAUCAGCUUCUUGAUAUGCCACCUGUCAGGUGGAUGGGUUAUCUUGGCAAAGCAGAAAUGCUCACUAACAGGGAUGUAAACACAUUUGUGCAUUACAUUUGAGAGAAAUAAGCUUUUUGUGUGUAUGAAACAUUUCUGGGAUCUUUUAUUUCAGCUCAUGAAACAUGGGACCAACACUUUACAUGUUGAGUUUAUAUUUUUGUUCAGUAUACAUUGCAUAUUAAUUCAUAGAGCAUUUUACAAUAAGUACCUGGGCAUGGGCUAAGACAUUUUUCACUGCUCUUGUCUCAUUCAAUGGAAACAUCCAUGCAGGUAUCAUAACCUAACAACCAUUAGUAGCUAAAGCACUCUGGCUUAAAACUCCAGAUGGGCAGCUGACCUGAUGCGAGAGCAGUAAUCUUGCUCUUGCUCGCGAUAUUUCUGUUGUUGUUUUAACGUCAGAGCACUGAAAACAGUGAGGAGGCAACAACCAUUCAGUCCAGCAUACAUCAGGAGUUUUCAGCCAAUCGGCCGAGGGUGUAUCUUUCCAUUAGAGCUACAACCCUGCUUUGUUGUGUCCCUUUGACCUCAACUCAACCCAACCCUCCUCCACUCCCGUCCCAUCACUGAGGCUGGCCUGCCCUGCCGGCCAUCAUACCCCCUCAUGUAACCCCUCGUUCAGUAGACAGACAGGGUGGACAGACACAGGUUAUGGGGGUCACCUGGGCAGGACCUGGGCUCCUGUGUGGCCUCCCCUCCCUCCGUCAGAAGUCACUCAGGUAGGUGACAUCAGGGGAUUGGUUGGCAAGCGGGGCUCUAUGCAUGCAUCUCAUCACGGGCAAGGUGUCCUCCUCCUGAGAUCCACAGCUGACAGCGGGAUGCAUAUUAGGUUUAGCCCUAAAGGAGGUGGGGCCUUGGGAGAGGAGCUAUAUAAUAGACUCCUGAGUGGCGCAGUGGUCUAAGGCACUGCAUCGCAGUGCUAACUGUGCCACUAGAGAUCCUGGUUCGAAUCCAGGCUCUGUCGCAGCCGGCCGCGACCGGGAGACUCAUGGGCGGCGCACAAUUGGCCCAGGGUAGGGGAGGGAAUGGCCGGCAGGGAUGUAGCUCAGUUGAUAGAGCAUGGCGUUUGCAACGCCAGGGUUGUGGGUUCAAUUCCCACGGGGGGCCAGUAUAAAAAAAAUAUGUAUUCACUAACUGUAAGUCGCUCUGGAUAAGAGCGUCUGCUAAAUGACUAAAAUGUAAAUAAUAAAGGAGCCAUGUUUUGAUCAGGAAAGAGGAGGAAUCCACAUCCUAAGCAGCAGCAUGGUGUCUCUGUAGUCCUUUUCCAGAAUCCCAUGUGAUCUUCUAACCGUGUGUUUGUUUGAGCAGAGAGACUGUAUGACCAUCUAAUCAGCUGAAAUGAAUGGCUUAGAGCAGUAGUCUGUCUGGUCCGUGACAUGUUUGUCUAUCUGACUGUUGUUGACUACUCAUGUAUACUACUGAAUGUCUGUCUGAACAGUGGUCCAGUGAGAUGUCCUGUCUCUGUCUUAGCAAGCAGUGAUAGGUUUGACUGUGUCUGUGUGUAAACUAAACAAUAAUGUGUCUGCUCAGUGAACAGUCUGACUGUCUGAGCAUGGCUCCUUUUGGCCAAUGAAUUUGUGUGUUACCUGUGUCUGUGUUUGACUACCUAACUGUCUCAUCAGCUAAUAGGCUGUGAUUAGAGUGUACACUUGACUAGCUGAGUGACCCUGUGCUUUUUGGCUCCAUAAGUAGAGAUUGUCCCUUUGAUCCGAGAGCCUUUGUAAUGUCGUUAGACACCAAUUAUUAUUGGGAACUCUGGGAAGUGGUGUAUAUUCUACCAGUAGACACAGUAAUGAUGGAUGGCCGUGUGAUGAGAUGAAUCUCCGAGGGUCUCUGACAUCUCUCUCUCUUCCUGUUUCAGUGGAGAACGGGGAGCACUGUGACUUUACUGUCUUACGGAACAUGCUGAUCAGGUGAGAGACACAGGAUACAUGUCAAUCUUUUUAUUCAUCCUUUAUUGUCAAAGUGAUUAUACCACAGUAUUUACAGUAUGUACAGUGAUAUAAUUAUAAUUACAGUGAUAUCAUUAUUUGAGACAACAUGACCAAUUCCCUCCUGUAGGACCCAUAUGCAAGAUCUGAAGGAUGUGACCAACAACGUCCACUAUGAGAACUACCGCAGCAAGAAGCUUGCUGCCGUCACCUGCAAUGGAGGAGUGGACACCAGCAAGACCAAGAACCAAAUGACCAGGUAAGAGAGAUACAUUAAUUAUCAGAGGAAAUACCACAGAUCUGAUAUGUUGAAUAGUAUUCAGACAGACUGAGUAAUAAUCUAAAUGAUGUUAAGACAACAAAAAGCAAGAUCAUUAAUUUGCUAUAAAGCUUAUUUCAUAGAUGAACCUUUCGUUUGAUACUUUAAGGUAUUGUCAUACUGUCGUUAAGUGACAGUUGACAAGACUAUAUUAGAUGUGCUUCAUGAAUCACUGGUCACUGUUAGUGAUGCUUGGUGUCUGUCCCUCACCUUUGACCUGUAGGAGCCCCCUGGCCCAGAUGGAGGAGGAGCGGAGGGAACAUGUCAUGAAGAUGAAGAAGAUGGAGACUGAGAUGGAGCAGGUGUUCGAGAUGAAGGUCAAGGAGAAGAAACAGAAACUGAAGGACUCUGAGGCCGAGGUGUGUGUACUGUUGUGUGUGUGUGUGUGUGUGUGUGUGUACUGUUGUGUGUGUGUGUGUGUGUGUGUGUGUGUGUGUGUGUGUUUGAACCAAUUGGGACAGGAGUGGUAGAGAGAGUGUAUGUCCAUGUGGGGGUGUAUUUGUGUCUUAGUCUGUUUUAUUCACUAGUAACACAUUUGCCACCCUUCCCUUCUCAGCUGGAGCGACGCCACGAGCAGAUGAAAAAGAACUUGGAGGCUCAGUAUAAGGAACUGGAGGAGAAGAGGCGCCACCAUGAGGAAGAGAAGUCAAACUGGGAGGCACAGCAACGUAUACUGGAGCAGCAGAAACUUGAUGCUUCUAAGUAAGUGGCUGACAUAUUUACUCAUCCUUGCUCUUUUUCUCUCAGACAAACAUAGUAUGUUUGGUGUCUUUUUCUCAAUGUAAUGCAAUGCUGAAAUAUGAAAUAAUCUCCCUUUGUCUGUUUUUACAGGACCAUGGAAAAGAACAAAAAGAAAGGAAAGAUCUUU